GGCUGCGAGCGAGGAGGAAGAGGAGGGGAAGCCGCGGCCGCCAUUUUGUGCGCUCCCUCUUCCCCACCCCCUUCUCCCGCCGCCGGUGGAGAGAGAGGCCCAGCGGCCGGGUCGUAGCCUAGCGCCCGCGGGGGCCGAAGCGGAGGGCGGCGGCGGAGGGCGAGGCGGCGGCGUGGGCAUCGCCAUGGAGAGCUCGCAGCUGUGCAAGCUGUUCAUCGGCGGGCUGAACGUGCAGACGACGGAGGCGGGCCUGCGGGAGUACUUCGAGGCCUACGGGACGCUGACGGACUGCGUGGUGGUGCUCAACCCGCAGACCAAGCGCUCCCGCUGCUUCGGCUUCGUGACCUACUCGGCGGUGGAGGAGGCGGACGCCGCCAUGGCCGCCUCGCCGCACGCGGUGGACGGCAACGCGGUGGAGCUGAAGCGCGCCGUCUCCCGCGAGGACUCGGCCCGGCCGGGCGCCCACGCCAAGGUGAAGAAGCUCUUCGUGGGCGGCCUCAAGGGGGACCUGGCCGAGAGCGACCUCGUCCAGCACUUCAGCCAGUUCGGCCCCGUCGAGAAGGCAGAGAUCAUCGCCAACAAGCAGAGCGGCAAGAAGCGCGGCUUCGGCUUCGUCUACUUCCAGAACCACGACGCCGCCGACAAGGCCGCCGUGGUCAAGUUCCACCCCAUCCAGGGACACCGCGUGGAGGUCAAGAAGGCCGUGCCCAAGGAGGACAUCCAAGGCGGAGGAGGAGGAGGGCCCGGAGGAGGAGGAGGCCCGGCCCGGUCGGGAUGGGGCGGGCGGGGCAGAGGACGAGGAGGAGGAGGCGGCGGCAACCGGGACCACAACGGCCUCUCCAAAGGCGGCGGCGGAGGAGGAGGCGGAUAUAACAGCUACGGAGGCUACGGAGGAGGAGGCAGCGGCGGAGGCGGCGGCUACGGCUCGUAUGGAUCCUACGGCGGAGGGGGCGAUUAUGGCAACGGCUAUGGCGGCUUCGGCAGCUACAGCCAGCACCAGUCCUCUUAUGGCCCCAUGAAAGGCGGCGGCGGCGGUGGAGGAGGAGGUGGCGGCUGGGGCCCACGGAGUAACAGUGGACCCUACCGAGGAGGUGGAGGAGGCGGCGGUUAUGGCGGGGGAGGAGGCGGAUACGGAGGCGGCGGCUCUUUCUAAGCGGGAGUUUCCCUUCUACCGUUGUGGGGGGAUGUCACGUUUGGUUUGCAUGGAGCCUGCCCUCCGUUUGUCCCGGUUUUUUCAGCCCGUUCCCCGCCCUCCCCUUCCAGCCGCCGGCCAAGGAGUCGCCCCUCCCUCUGCGAAGAAGAAGAAGAAGAAUGAUGAUGAUGAUGAACUGGGCCUCUCUCUCUCUCUCCCUCUCUCUCUUUCUCACACUCGACGGUUUUCGUUUCUCAAGUCAUUGAUGGACUCUAUUUUUUUAUUGCUUGGACAUUAGUAGUUUUUUAUACUAGGAACAAGAUACUGUUUUAAUUUGGAUUUCUUUGAAGGGGCGGGAAGGGGAAAGUUGGUGUUGGUUCUGGAGUCAAAAUUGGGGGGGGAUGAGGGGAGGGGAGGGGGGAAUUACCUUUGUAAGGACUUGGAUACCGACACCGUUUUUUUUCUACAGAAUUACCCUUUGAUUCCAUGACUGUAAAAGGGGCGGGGGCAGAGGGGCGGGGGGGGGGAAAUCGUUUUUACAUUUUUAUUUUUUAAAUAAAUCAUUGUGUUCAUUGACUUUUACAUGUCUUUUUUUCCUAGAGUGCAUCCCAUACAGUUCAAACAAAGGCUUCUGAAUUGCUGUGAGUUUUCUGGGCUCUAUGGCCAUGUUCCAGAAGCAUUCUCUCCUGGCGUUUCACCCACAUCUAUGGCAGGCAUCCUCAGCAGUUCAGGGGUAUGAGGUUUAGAUAUCUGUGGGAUGUCCAGGGUGGGAGAAAUAACUCUUCUCUGCUUCAGGCAAGUGUGAAUGUUGCAAUUGGCAACCUUGAUUAGCAUUUAAUGGCUUCGCAGCUUCAAAGCCUGGCUGGUUGCAGCCUGGGGAAUCCUUUGUUGGGAGGUGUUAGCUGGCCCUGAUUUAUUCUUGUCUGGAAUUCCCCUAGUUUUUUUUUAGUGUUUCUCUUUAUUUACUGUCUGGGUUUUAGAGUUUUUAAAGGCAGCAACCAGUAAGGCUAUUAAAUGCUAAUCAAGGUGACCAAUUGCAGCAUUCACUUCUGCCUCAAGCAGACAAGAUUUCUUUCUCCCACCCUGGACCUACCACAGAUAUAUAAACCUCACUUGCCUAGUUUCCAAUAGACCUCACCACCUUUGAGGAUGCCUGUCAUAGAUGUGGGCGAAACGUCAGGAGAGAAUGCUUCUUGAACAUGGCCAUACAGCCCGGAAAACUCACAGCAACCCAGUGAUUCCAGCCAUGAAAGCUUUGACAACACAAAGGUUUUGGAAUCUUAGAAGUCAUUUUUAGCUAAACCUUUACAUUGGUUUCUAGAGUAAAAUGCUUCAUUCCUAGGGGAAGAAACCCCUCACCUUUUUGCUGCUCCAUUGUACUGGACUUCUUAGUACUUAAGUGUAACAGACAAGUUUUUGAACUGUCCUUUGGGGGUGAAGUUAAAACUUGUAAAUCCACUAUUUUGUAACUGGACUGUUACGUUGCUGGCGCAGCUGCUCUGUCUUUGUAUAGCGAGUUCUCCAUCAGUUUAUUCUUCCACGUUUAAUACACGUGCUUUAAAAUAUCUUUUAAGUGUUCGUACUUUCAAAUUGCUGAGUUCCAUGUUCUGUUAUUUAUUGCCUUUGCCUGUAAAUGAUCCAUUUUAGGGGAGGGUGUGCUCUCUAAUAAAUACUUUGCAUAGGUAAUCAUUUCAAGUGGGGUCCUUGGCUUAAGUGUUCUAAUAAAGGGGGCCAGGUAUCCUUUGGGGUGCCAUCUGCUGGCAGACUAGUGAACAAGCACAAUUUCAAGAGAUCAAAUCAGGUCUUUUAUGCCAUUAGAUCAGACAUGGGCAAACUUUGGGCCUCCAGGUAUUGGACUUCCCACAAUUCCUAACAGUCGGCAGGCUGUUAGAAAUUGUGGGAGUUGCAAGUCUAAACCACCUGGAGACCCAGUGUUUGCCCAUGCCUGCACUAGAUGGCCAAUCUCACAUCUUGUCAGCAUUCCUGGACAUUGGCUGAAAUGAAAAAUUUGAAACACUCAAGUAGAUUCCUACGAUUAAAAACUUAAGGUACCUGAUGCUUAGUUUUUGUGCUAGGUGAACCCAGAGGCCAGCUGUAAAAUCAAAAUCUCUGUAGUCUUCUUGAUGUAUCUAAAGCCCUUUCACACAGUAGAAUUAAAGUUUGUUGUUCUGUUAACAAUGUUCUAGAGAGAAAUUACCUUUCUGAAUAGAAAUAGAGAAUAGUUAUGGAUAUUGCAAAUAAAAAAUUGAAUUCUU